AUGGGCAACCACAUAGCCUGCAUCCACCAACUUCCACCCCAUCCAGCUCCUGCCCGCACCAUCAAGCUCAUAAAAUCCGACGGCCAUGUCAAAAUCUAUGACCGACCCAUCGCCGCCUCCGAGCUCAUGCUCCAAUUCCCCAAACACCUCAUCUGCCACUCCGAUUCCUUCUUCAUCGGUCAAAAGAUUCCCGCCCUCUCCGCCACCGAUCACCUCAAGCUCGGUCACAAGUACUUCCUCCUCCCUACCCACUUCUUCCAAUCCGUUCUUUCCUUCGUCACCAUCGCCUCCAUCGCUUCCUCCUCCUCUCCAAUCCCCCCAUCGCCCUCUUCAAAGAAAGCCGACUUCAUAAAGAAGGCCGCCUUAUGUCGGCCUUUCGACAUACACAAGACGCCAUCCGGGAUGCUCCAGAUACGGGUUUCAGACGAAUUCAUAUCGAAGCUGAUGGAAGAAGGGAGGAUAAAAGGAGAAGAUGAAGAAGGUGAAGAAGAGAAUUCAAGAACGAAACCAAAGGGGAGGGUUUGUACGACGCCUGAGUUGGAGAAGGAUUACAUCAGGUUGGUUGGGUUUAGGCGAUCGAAGGAAUGGAAGCCGAAGCUCGAGACAAUAAGGGAGAAGAAAGAGAGGAGGAAGUUUUCGUCUUUUGGGAUAAAGAGAAGGAAGAAAGGUCAUCUGCCCAAAGGGAGUCAGAAGAGCCAGAAAUCUGAACAGCAACAACACCUUCCUGCAAAGAAGAGCCAGAAAUCUGAGCAGCAACAACAACUUCUUGCAAAGAAGAAUCAGAAAUCUGAGCAGCAACAACAACUUCUUGCAAAGAAGAAUCAGAAAUCUGAGCAGCAACAACAACUUCUUGCAAAGAAGAAUCAGAAAUCUGAGCAGCAACAACACCUUCUUGCAAAGAAGAGCCAGAAAUCUGAGCAGCAGCAACACCUUCCUGCAAAGAGCAAAGGGAAAUGGAAGAAAGUGCUUUGA